CAUUGCCAUUUUCUUACCUAAUCAUUUGGUGCCGUGGUCUCACCCAACGUUGGUUUUUGGCAAGUUUAUGUCCCGAAUAAAUCUUUACGUUCUUCGUGAGAUUUAUUGUAAAAUUAGCGACUUAUGCCCUACCUCCAUAGACACACUGGGACAUGGACGUGCCAUAAACUGACUAUUGUACAUAUCGUCGUUGUGACGUACCUCCUUGUCCUGUGUAUUGUUCUGAAGUUUUAUUUGUUCAGCCUAUUUCAUUUCUAAUGUCCUAAUAUAACGCAGCAGUCAUAAACUGCUGUUAUAUUGUUAGGAGUGCGUGUCGCACAUCUCUGUCUUAGGCCAGUAAGAUCUUGAACAUGUAUCCCAUCUCUUUUACACUGUUCAAUUAUUAUGCAGAUGCUGUUACAUUUUGAGGCAAAUAAACAUACGUACAUAGUAGCCUACUGGUAUUUUUCGAAUGAUUACCCCUAUAUUGGUAACAGUGUGUUCAAACCUAACAAAAUCUUUCUUGUAAUACCCUUUUUCGUAUGGAACCCUGUUUCAACUCAUUAUUUUGGACAAUCGGACAAAUUUUCCGCAACUUACCGAGAAAAUACAACCAAUCUUGGAUGAUAAUAAUUGACAGAAGCCCUCAAAUUAAAGUGUAAAUCCUCUUUUCUUCGAUCAAUACAAUAUAUAUCUUGUGAAUAGUAAGCACCCUCGGGCUAUCAAUCAAUCUUACAUUGCAUUACACUGAAUAGGAGUUAAUGUGGAAAUGAUACGCGAGGAAAUUGUCUGGAUAUUGCGUGUAGAUUAUUUGCUGCAGGUCGUCUCUUUCAGGAAUUAUAGCAAUUGAAACAAUUGCUUGCUCAGUAAUGAGUAUACGGGUAUCGCCGCCGUGAGUCAGCUGUUUUUUUGUAACAGAACUAUUCUUAUAGGAAUAAACAGCCGCAACAGCAAAAAAGCCGAUCCAGUACUAAAUGCCAGCCAAAUCGGGGAAGCUGAGGUUGAAGGUAGUUGUGAAAUUGCACAAAAUUCUAAUCGUGAUUCUUUGGAAUAUGAUUUCAUAUCAGCAAGCUGAAAAGACUUCGAUCCCUGACAAGAGUGAUCAGUGAUGAUUAUUCCUAAUCCUAGCGGCCGUUUAUAAUUUGAUCACAGUCAUUGAUUUUGGCAGUUAAGACAUGUAUAUAUGACUAAACCAAAUAAUUUGGUAUUGAAAGCUAGAUCUUAUAUCAGAGCUGUCAGCCAUUCUUGUACGCAAACUUUUUAAAUCUAGACCAUUCCGACAAGAUGUUAAAUUUGCAACCGUCCUAAAUGGUGACCUGCUUUUGCCAAGGCUGAGUGGCGAAACAUAUCAAACAUUGCUUAUCGGCAAUGGUACAAAUUCAGUAUCGGACGGUGACCAUACAUUUGCACCCACGUACAUUUGAACCCAUACAUUUGCACCGGUAUAUCCGCGGGUUCAAUCUAUAUGCGGGUGCAAAAAUCCAUGGGUUAGGGUUAGUAUGUGUUUGAAUAUACGUAAAAAAUAAUUCCAUUGAUACAAUAGUAUUCAGGUGUAAUUGUCGUGGGUUCAAAUUACGGGUGCAAAUACAAAUGUAAUGGAACCGUAGCAGACAUCAUCUGGGCGAGACCAUACGAGUUGUUUAUGGUUGCGAACGAAGGUGAGCGAGAAAAUUUGAGAGAUAAGCUCGUGCUUUUUUUGUGUGUUGAAGUAACCCGAUGAAUUUUGAAGUUGGUGGGUUGAUACAAGUUUCGCAAACUUCUACAGUAUUACAGUAUAUAUUAAGGUGUGCCAUAACAACUUCGAAGCAAAAUGUUUUGCGAGUUGAAGAAAAUUUUACCGUACACAUUUUCCAUUUGUAAAUUCGAACAACAGCUGAAAGAAGAAAUUUAGGCCCAAAACAACAGCUACUCAAAUUUUGUAUUAGUCAAUAAAACUAAGUAGUGAGAAAUCAGGACAGAGUAGUGAUAAACGAUAAUUUGUAGGCUAUUCGGCUGUCUCAUACGGUGUUUAGCGUUAUCAUACAAUAGACUAUUGUUGUGUGACGACUUUUUCACCCCAAAAUCCCCUUUAGAAACCCUCUCCUAUCAAGGUCAUAAAUAUAUGCACCAAUGCACACUUGAUAACUCUUGAGAAUAUCAUAUUUUUCUACAACAUGAAGUAAAUAACCAUUACGUCUUAGAUCUAUAGGGCGUGAGGCAUCAUAUCGCCACAUAUGACAUGCAAUGAAGCAACCUGCCGCGGAGUUCGUUAUGCUGCAAAUAUGUCCUCGAUGCGCAUUAUUUGUACCAAAAACAAAAAUAGAACGUGCUCGUUAUUGCUCGUGCAUUUUUAGUUCAGGAGUAUAUUGCCUCAAACAUUUUUGGAUACGGUUGGUCGCAACUUGGUAAACAUUCGAACACUUCGGACAUCGUUGUUAUCUCUUUGUCGAUUAGGACUGCCCGCUUAUAUUUUGUUGCAGCAUAAUUGCAGCUCAGUUUUACGAUAGCAUAAACAUGGGGCGCAGGUCGUUGUUCCAGUCGGUACAUAAAGCAGCAAGCAACUCAAAAAGGCAUCGACAUAUAGCUGGGCAAGUUCGAGCCAUAUCACUGUACAGUCGACUGCAGUAUGAACGAAAAUCAGAAUCCGAUAGACAUUUGAGUUGGAGCUACUGCCAUGGGCCAGGGCAAUUACCGUUUAUGGGUGAUACCGUUGGUGAAGCUCUUCUUAAAACAGUCGAAAGAUAUCCAGAUGUUAGGUGCUUGACAUUUUGUGAAGAUGAAGUGCGGAGAACAUUCCAACAAUUCAUGCAAGAGGUUGAUCAACUAGCCGCCAGUCUGCACAGUCUCGGUUUCAAGAGAGGUGAUUGCAUUGGAAUAUGGGGACCAAGCACCCUGGAAUGGGUUGUCACACAAUUUGCAUCAGCAAGGAUAGGAGCCAUAUUGGUGAAUGUGAACCCAGCUUAUCAGAUACGGGAGCUUGAAUUUGCUCUUAACAAGACAAAAUUAAAAGGCAUUAUAUCUGCAGUGACCUACAAAACUCAAAAGUACUAUGAAAUGCUGACCCAACUUGCUCCUGAAUUAUCAUCUUGCGACGCCGGAAAGUUGAAAAGCAAAAAAUUACCCCACUUGUCAACUGUGAUCAUGAUGGGAGCGAAGGCCUUUCCUGGUGCUUAUGCAUUCGAUGACGUCAUGAAAAUAGGAAGUACGAAAGACAUUUCAGAAAUACAAAACAUAUCUCGAAUGCUGGACUUUGAUGACCCGAUUAACAUCCAGUUCACCUCGGGAACUACUGGAAAUCCAAAAGGUGCGACAUUGUCUCAUCAUAACAUAAUAAACAACAUACGUUAUAUUGGAAGGCGAUUGGGAUAUGGAGACUACCAUCAUAAGAUAUUAUGUCAAGUCCCUCUCUAUCAUUGUUUUGGUAUGGUUGGUGGACCACUUGCUAUGUCAGUCUAUGGAAGUAGCAUCGUUUUCCCAUGCGCUGGAUAUGACCCGGCAUUAACCCUGAAGGCGAUCGACCAAGAAAAAUGCAACGUCGUGUACGGAACACCGACAAUGUACAUCGACAUGAUAUCACAGCCUGAUUUCAAUAAGCAUGAUUACACCACAAUGGAGAAAGGUAUUAUGGCAGGAUCAUCUUGUCCAGCUGAAGUUGUUCAGAAAUCGGAUACAGCAUUUGGAGCAAAGAUAAUGGUUGCCUACGGAACGACUGAGAACAGUCCCGUUACUUUCAUGACGUAUUUGGAUGAUUCUGACGAUAUGAGAACACAGACUGUAGGAAUGCCUGCUCCAUUUACUGAAGCCAAAAUCGUCAACGAAGCGGGAGAAAUUGUUCCGGUUAACACACCUGGAGAACUCUUGAUUCGAGGUUACUGUGUGAUGCAAGGUUAUUGGGAAUCCGAAGAUAAAACUGCUGAAGCAAUUACAAAAGAGGGUUGGUACAGGACUGGUGACAUUGCUACCCUAGACGGAAAAGGAUAUGGGCGCAUCGUAGGUAGAACAAAAGAUCUUAUUAUCAGAGGUGGAGAAAAUAUCUAUCCAGCUGAAGUUGAGGAUAUUCUGCAUACCAUGGAUAAAAUUGAUAACGUCCAGAUUUUCGGUGUACCGGAUAAACGAUUAGGCGAAGAAGUGGCUGCUUGGAUCAGUUUAAAAGCGGGAGAAGAAGCAACUCCGGAUGAUAUUAAAUCAUUUUGCAAAGGAAAGAUGGCGCAUUAUAAAAUUCCAAAACAUAUCAAGUUUGUUGAAGAAUUCCCGCUCACCGUCACCAGAAAAGUGCAAAAAUUCAAGAUGAGAGAAGACUACAGCAAAGAACUAGGAAUUUCGGAAUAAAGAAUAAUUUUCCACUCUUGAAAAUCAAUUACUAGAAAAAAAUUUAAACAACAUUAGUUUACAUAUAUCAUAUACUACAAAUAAUAUCCUCCCUUUAUCGCAUUGACACGACAUCUGAGCCUAAUUCAAGGAUGAGAGAUCAUGAAGGAAGCAUUGACAUUAAGAGAAUAAAGAUGUCAUAAAAACCAUUAUAAAUUUAAGCCUUUCAUUGCGUCAUUUGGUUAGAUCAUUUAAGACUUCAGAAUUCUUUAUUGUUUCUAAAAAAGUUUCCUCAAAUAUUUCAGAUCUGGUCACUGCUCAAUUCCAAUCUCAACAUAUCACAAUCAAACGUUGCUUUAUCGAUCUAGUUUUUGCUUUAAAUGACGACUUAAUUCUUUAUGAUUUUCAACUAAUACCAGAAUAAUAAAUCGAUAUUAAUCUCAUUUAGGUGUUUGAAUAUUCUAGCGUCUAUAAUGAAUUCGUGUAUCCCUUAUUGCAUGCGUGCUAAUUAUCUAUAUGCUGUAUAUGAGCUUCAAAUAAUGGUGAUAUAUAGAAAUACAUUUCCACGAUGAGGGAGCGGAGAGAGAUUAAAUAAAAUGAUUUCAAAGGCUUCCUUCUUAUUGGCCACUGCAAAUUCAUUAUAUAUUAUUAAUAAAGAGUUAUCUCAUGAAACCACGAAUCAACUCAUUUUUCUUUGGGUGAUCUCACAUGAUUUUUCAGUUUAUUCCAUCUAACUACUUAAUUUUAAUAUUAGACCAAUAAAGUAAAUCCGAAUACGGGUCAUUUAAACUGAGGGUUUGUAUAGUUGAAAUAUUUUUAUCUAAUAGAUAGGUGACGACAAAAUGUCGCAGUUUAAUUUAUUAAUACGUAUGCAAUUGUGUAUAAAAAAUCGUUCUCGUUUGGUCGUUUUACAUUGUGAAUGUGCCUCGAUCCAAUCUAUUGUUGUAAUUAACUGACAUUGAUUUAUGUUUGAAUUUUUUUCUUAGGAUAUUUUUGACACUGAUAAGCAAACGUUAUUUUAUUCAUAUGGUCUCAUCUUUGUCUUCAGUUAGGAAUAUUUUGAAGGCCAUCUAAAGUUUAUGUGGCAUGCUGUUCUGGCAGAUUACCUUUCACUUGUAACAGAGUGCAAGUGAAGAUAUUUUGGAGGACAUAAUUUGUUUGGGUUUUGUUGUAAUUACUUUGCAAUAGUUUUUGUUCAAUAUCAAAACAAUAUAAUUUUGUCAUUAUUCAA